AUGGUGGCGGUGGUCGGGCCGGCGGCAUGGCUAGAUGGCGGCGCGUCGGCGGGUCACGCCGCCGUGGGCUCCCUCGCUCCGGCUGCUGCUGUCGCUCGCUCGCCCGCGACGGCUGCCUUCGGCGACAGGAAGUGGGAAUAUGUUGAAGAUGGCAUUGACUGGGCUAAGGUUGAGUUUGAGGACAAUCAGGACUGUUUGAAUCUAUUUGAGAAGAAACCACUGGGGUUGUUGUCUCUGCUGGAUGAGGAAUCUACAUUCCCUAAUGCCACAGACCUUACUUUUGCAAACAAGCUCAAGCAACAUCUUGACACUAAUUCUUGCUUCAGAGGAGAAAGAGGCAAGGCUUUCACUGUCCGUCACUAUGCAGGAGAGGUGGCGUAUGACACAUUGGGUUUUCUGGAGAAGAACAGAGAUUUAUUGCACAUGGACUCAAUUCAGUUCCUUGCCAAAUGCAAAUUAUCUAUACCACAAACGUUUGCAUCUAAGAUGCUUGCUCAAUCUGAUAAUCUAGAAUCUGUACCAUACAGGCCUAGUGUUGCUGAUUCACAGAAGUUAAGUGUAGCAAUGAAGUUUAAGGGACAAUUGUUCCAACUUAUGCAAAGACUUGAAAGCACAACACCACACUUCAUACGUUGCAUUAAACCAAAUAAUUUGCAGCUCCCUGCCAUUUACGGACAAGAACUUGUGCUUCAGCAACUGAAAUGCUGCGGGGUUCUUGAAGUUGUGCGCAUUUCAAGAUCUGGGUACCCAACGAGAAUGACUCAUCAGAAGUUUGCUCGGCGGUAUGGUUUUCUUCUUCUUGAGGAUGUUGCGUCUCAAGAUCCACUUAGUGUUUCGGUUGCAAUUCUUCAUCAAUUCAACAUUUUGCCUGAGAUGUAUCAAGUUGGCUACACAAAGUUGUUCUUCCGAACUGGUCAGAUUGGCAACCUUGAGAAUACUCGGAAUCGUACUCUACAUGGUGUUUUAAGGGUUCAAAGCUGUUUCAGAGGGCAUCAAGCACGGCGCCAUGCAAGUGAACGAAUCAGAGGAGUUUUGGCUCUUCAAUCAUUCAUUCGUGCUGAGAAUGCAAGACAAAGUUAUUCAUCUCUGUCGAAGAAACAUAGGGCAGCCACUCUUGUGCAGAAAAAUCUAAAAGGCUGGCUUGCAAGAAGAUACUUCAUUAAAAUACGGAAGGCUUCAGUGGUUGCAAUUCUAAAAGGUAAAUCAUGA